AUGGCUCCAAAGCGCCUGCCCUUCACCACGCUCCUCCUGCUUCUCCUCUCGUCUUUCCUGGUCCUCACCACGCGCGCGGACGACAAGUCAGCCGUGGACGCGAUAUUCAAGGCCGCCGGCGCGUACACGAGCGGCGGGUCGCUGCCUCCAGUGUGCGAGCGCGGAGGAAUCACCUGCGAGAACGAGCGCGUGGUGCAGAUCGAAUUCUCGCAAUGCGCCGACCCGCCCGCCCCCACCAUGCUGGACGGCACGCUGCACUCGGCGCUGGGCUCGCUGGGUAGCCUGAGGGCGCUCAACUUGUCGUGCAACAGCCUGCGCGGCGCCAUCCCCAGCACGCUCACCAAGCUGCAGCACCUCACGGCGCUGGACCUGAGCUUCAACCGCCUGCGCACGCGCGUGCCGCGCCACCUCUUCCGCAUCCCUGCCGUGCACACGCUGCGCCUGCGCAACGCGGGGCUCUCCGGCUGGCUGCCACGGAAACCCAGAAGCUUCUCCCACACGCUGCGCCACGUGGAUCUGGCGCACAACCGCAUGUGGGGCUCCCUGCCCAGGGCUGUCCGCAACAUGCGCAAGCUGGAGAGCCUCGACGUGAGCUUCAACCGCCUCAGCAGCACCAUCCCCAAAUCCCUCUCCCGCAUCAAGACCCUGCGCAGCCUCGAUCUGAGCUUCAACCGCUUCACCGGCACGAUCCCCGCGGGGCUGACUACGCUGCACAGCAUGGUGAACCUGAGGCUCGCAGGCAACCGCAUUGGGGGCGUUAUUCCGGCGGGGCUGACCCACAUGACACGGCUGCAGGUGAUGGACCUGAGCCGCAACCAGCUGCGCACGCGCAUCCCCGCUGCCAUCCUCUCCAUGCGAUCCUUAGAGCAGCUGCACCUGCAGCACAAUUAUCUCCGCAGCACCUUCCCCCGCACCCCGGUGGCGCUGUCCCACAGCAUCAAGCACUUGGACGUGUCACACAACGGGCUGUCAGGGCUGCUGCCAACGACCCUGCAGAACCUGGGCAACCUCACGCACCUCAACGUGGCGUGGAACGGGCUGGACGGCACCGUGCCCACCACUCUGAACAACCUGCCCCUGCGCCACCUGGACCUCAGCCACAACGCCUUCAACGGGUCGCUUGGAGUGACCGCCCAGGACGCGCUGUACGGGCAGAGCAACCGGUUUGACGGCGUGGUGGCAGCGGCGUUUGCCGACGGAGGCAGGGCCCCACUGAAGGUGCUGGACCUGAGCUACAACCUGCUCACCGCACUCAACCCCUUCCGAAACUGGAACCUGACGGAGAGGAUCAUCCUCUCUCAUAACUCCAUCCAGCAGACCGUGCCUGUGCAUUUUCUCGUGGACGAUGCGGCAGCGGGCGGCACGCGUGCCAAGCACCUGGACCUGAGCUACAACCUCAUUGGCGGCACCUUGCAGCCGCUGCACACGUUGACUGCGUUGACCAGCCUUGACCUGACGGGCAACCAGCUGACUGGGGGCGUGCCCACGUGGGUAAACAAGCUGACGAGGCUGCGGCGGUUGCACCUGGGGGAGAACCAGCUGGGCGGCACUCUGCCUGUGGAGCUCUUCGCGCCUGCCAGCGCGCUGCAGCAUGUGGACGUCAGCGGCAAUGCCCUCUCAGGCGCGCUCCCGACCCUUGUCAACUGCCCGGCGGUGCUGGACCUAUCGAACAACGGGCUGCAAGGCGAGCUCACAGCGGCCAUGCUGGCACCCUGUGUCGACGCCGCGCCUCUCACGGACCUCGACCUCUCGAGCAACAAGUUCACCGGACCCAUCCCCACCGCGCUCACGCAACUCCGCUUCCUCCACCGCCUCAACCUCAGCCGCAACGCGUUCUCCGACUCCAUUCCCCGCGGAUUCACCGCGCUUGGCGCGCUGCGCGAUCUCGACCUGUCGCAUAAUCUCCUCGGGGGGAGCAUUUCGGAGAACCUGGGAAGCAGCGUGGCGUUGAAGACGGUCGCGCUAGGCGGGAAUGGUCUGUUCGGGCAAAUACCUUACUGGCUGCGCAAGUUCCACGUGGAGAGCUUCAGGCCGGACAACUGGCAGCUGUGUGAUCCGCCGCUGCCUGUCUGCGUCCCCGCUGUAGCUAUGUUUUAA